AUGAAAUUACUGGAAAAAUAUUUUUGCUCGACAGAAUUAAUUGGACAAGUACACGACCAUUUAAUAAUUCUUUUGGUUUCUCACAUUUUUCUGUCGAUUACAGCAGUUCUGGGAAACGCUCUAAUUCUACUCGCUCUCUAUAGAGAAUCUUCACUUCAUCCAGCAUCCAAACUGCUCUAUCGUAACCUAGCGAUAACUGAUAUAUGUGUUGGUUUCACGGUGGAUCCUCUUGGCAUUAUACGCUUCACGCCUAUGGCGAACAAGCAAGGGCAUAUUUGCUACCAAGUAUAUAAGUGCAGUGUCAUCAUUAGCUAUGCUUUGUGUUCCGUGUCUUUGCUGACAAUGACUGUAUUAAGCUUGGACAGGCUUCUCGCCUUGUUGCUAGGACUCAGAUACAGACAAGUUGUAACUUUGAAGAGAACGUACGCAACAAUAACCCUGCUUUGGUUGGUAUCCACAAUCAACGCAACUAUGUACCUUUUGAAUCCCCAAAUCACUUAUUUGUCUGCCAAUGUAGGUAUAGCACUGUGUUUAGUCACCUCAAUCCUCGUUUACUCAAGAAUUUUUCUCACUCUGCGUCACAACCAAAUCCAAGUACAGGGUCACGUUUCUCAGGCACAACAAAGACAAAGCCCAGCAAUUCCACUGAACAUAGCUCGGUAUAGAAAAGCAGUUUCCAGUGUACUGUGGGUGCAAGUAACAGUGGUUGUUUGUUAUCUGCCGUAUGGAAUAAUGGAAGCCGUGACAUUUCAAGAAGAUGUAUCUUUACCUGUUUACAUUGCGAGCGAGUAUGCCUCUGCUCUAGUUUACUUAAACUCGUCGUUAAACCCGUUGCUGUACUGCUGGAAGAUCAGAGAAGUUAGGCAAGCGGUGAAGAACACACUCAGGUUAAACUGCUGUUCAUCAAGUUAACUUGACUGCGUAUUUUAAAUUGAAAGGCUUUGACAUAAGGUUCAAACACGAUAGAAUGGGGCAAGAGAAAUGCCUUUCUGAGAUCGUCAUUAGAUAGAUUAAAAUCCAACUUCAGCUUUUGUACAUAAUUUGGGAGACAAGCCUUCUUUUUGAUCAAAAAAGGAUAAUGAUCUUUUGAUUUCUUUUUUGCUAUAUCGAAAACGCCGCCAUUGAUUUUAAAGGAAGGUACUGCAUUAAAGGUAUACUCGAAUCCGAGCGAUUAAGAACUUUUAAGUUGGUUGGUAUUGAAUGUCUCAUACUAGUCCAUUCAAGGAAGUUUGUAUUUUUAACAUUUUUUGCGAUCUGUUCGCAGGAUUCCGUACUGCUGAGAUCAAAAUGUAAGUCUCCUAUUUCCCAGAUACCAAUGUCGUAAUAUUUCUUGUAGAAAAAGGGCUUGUCGUCUAUUCUAAAGUCUCGAUUGUUCCAAAUUUAGCCUCUGAAGCAGACUUUCUUAGGCUUCAACCCACGUCGUGGCAGUAUAGUUAAAGAACCUCUAUAAAAAGUAUACAGUCACUUCUACCUGUUUCAAACUUGUUGGUGGAAAGAUUCUCAAAAAUCGAUCAACGUAGAUCAAGAUGUUUUAAGACUAGUUGAUGCUAGUUUAUUUCGAAUUUCCACUGAACAUAGCUCGAUACAAACACUGAAGGCAGUGUACGGUGCACUGUGGAAGCGGGCCACAUUGGUUUGUUAUUUGCCGUUUAGUAUAGUGGCAGCUUUGACUCCUCAAGAAUAUGUACCUUUAUCUGUUCUUAGAAAUAUACCACUAAAUUCGUUAUAAACCCGUUGCUUUACUACUGACGAGUUUUGGUAUAUCACUGCUUUCAUAACAUAAAUUGACUUUCUAAACCAUUUUCUUCUAGUUGUUCAGUUUUUUCACUCGGAAAAUUGGUCUAAAUUUGCCGCUUGAACGGGAAACUUUGCCAACGCUCCGUUGGCUUUUUUUUUUUUUUUUGGACUUUGCGCAUGCGCAUCUGAUGGCGACUCAAACUUUGACGCAAAAAAAAAACAGCCUUACCAAAGAUAAAUGAACGUUGUAUAAUGCUCAAGCUUAGGACACUACCUCAGCAAUGGGAGAUACAAGGAAGUAUGUAUAUUUUACUGAUAAACACGUCGCAAUACGUCAAAGUGACAAAAGACCACCCGCCUUCAAUAACAUGAUAACAUGAUAUGUUUUUCUCUUCAAAUAGAUGAAUGACGUUUCAUUUUAAUUUUUAUAAAGCCAUGUGGUUGGGUAACCAAAUACUUGAGAACUUCUACAUUAUAAAUCCAGUAAAUUAUUAAAAUACACAGUUGCGGGUAUUUUCACGGCGAUAAUAUGGCGGCAGAGAAUUUCACUGGAGAGGAAGAAACAACAACCAUUGCGGAAUUUCUUUGCUCUGCCGAAUUAAGACGACAAGUGUACAAUCAUCUAAUAAUUCUUCCAGUGCUGCACAUUUUUGUUUUCAUUACUGCGGUUUUGGGGAACACUCUGAUCUUAAUUGCUCUCUACAAAGAAAAUUCACUCCAUCGGCCGUCCAAAGUGCUGUAUUGUAACCUAGCAAUAGCCGAUCUCUGUGUUGGUAUCACCGCAGUUCCUCUCGCUGUUCUACGAUUCAUGGUUAUGAUGAAGAGGAAAUGGAAUAUUUGUCGCAUUGUCUUUGACUCAAAUUUUAUUAUUAGCUAUAGUUUGGGUGGAGUGUCAUUACUGACGACAACUACAAUAAGCCUGGACCGGCUUCUCGCCCUUGUGCUAGGGCUCAGAUACAGACAAGUUGUGACUUUGAAGAAAACCUAUGCAACUAUAACCACACUUUGGUUUGUAGCCAUUGUCAGCGCAGCGACUCACCUCUUU